UACUGGUUUUUAAACAUUUUAUAGAAUGUCUAUAGUUGAGAUAGUUUAUCAUAAUGAAAAUAUAUAUACAAUACUAGACAAACCACCUCCAGAACCUCCUAAAACACCGAGAUACGAAUCGCAGCUGGAGAGGGAACUAAAACAAAGGAAAAUACCACAAUUACGUCGCACCUUCGGGUAUGCAGAGACUCCUUUGAAACCACCUGAGGAUUUCCUAAAAAAAGGCCACGGGAUCGGGCAGCCAAUAAAAAAAUCCGACCACAAAUGUAUUGUUUCGGGAAAUCUUCCACCUGUACCCAAGAGACCGCCACCAGGAAAGGGUCCAGAAAAGCCAAAAAUCAAUUUCCGUGUUGUAAACAUAAAGAAAGCAAUAAAAACUAAACCGAAGCCUGUUCAACCGAGAUUGGUAGAUACCAGGGAUGGUCACAGAAAGAAUAUAAAGGGGUCCGGCGAGGUUCCUGAAUAUUGCUUAAGACCUGAUUUUGGACAGAUGCCCGCCUACUUGACGAAGAGGAACAUGCGCAUCCAACGUGCACUUGAUAAAAUACGACACGCUGAAGAAACCAAGGAGAGUCUUUGCAAACUGAUCACCGAGGAAGAACGCCAAAAGUUAUUAAAUGACUUGAAGCACAAUUGGCAACUGAUGCAGAAGGCUUUCCUGCAGCUGCCCAUGCUGACGGACACCAUUCCCAAGAUCCUCAAGAAGACAAAGAUGGAACAGGAACUCAAACAACUUGAAAAGGAUAUAGCACUCGUCGAGAGCAACCCUUAUAUUUAUAUUUACGAAUAAUAUCCUUCCAGAUAUCAUAAUAAAGAGAAUGUUAUCAUACAUAAUUACUGCAAACACUUUAAUUAUUCGUGUCUGUCGUUUUUCCUAAAAGUGACGCGCAUGACUCGU